AUGGAAGUGCUCCUGAAUGCCAAAGCUGCAAGUUCCAUUCCUGAAUAUGAUGAUUCCAACUACAACAGAGCCAAGAAAUUUAAGGCAUUUAAGGAAACAAAGGCUGGUGUCAAGGAACUAGUUGACUCUGGUGUGACUAAGAUUCCAGGGUUUUUUGUCUACGCACCAGAGAAUGUGGAGAAGUCAUCAGCAAAGCUAUCAGACAAGUUCGGAAGGGUGGAGCAUAGAGUUCUUGUCGGAGAUGUCAGGUCCAGGACAUCAGUUGCCUGCUUUUUCCAUCCAAGUGCAGCGAAUCAAUUCAAACCAUAUGGGGUAAUAAAGGAGCUUCUAUCUGAUGGCUCACUGAAAUAUAGAGGAACUCAUAUUGCUGAAUUUAUGGAGGAGAAGACAGCACCUCUGCACUCUCUCAUUUUAAGCUGGCUUGAUUAG